AUGCGGAUUCUAGCCUACAAUGGCCUUGGAACUAGGCAGCGGAUACCGGUGACUGUGUUUCGAUCCCAGCACCGUGCUUUUCACGCUGCUGUUAUUGGGGGUGGCAUCACCGGCCUCACAUCAGCCCACCACCUGUCGCGAAACCCUAAAUGCUCCAGCGUCACAAUUCAUGAGAAAUCUCCUCGUCUUGGAGGCUGGAUGCAAUCCGAGCGAAUUCCAGUUAAAAAUGGCGAUGUUAUAUUCGAAUACGGCCCUCGCACGAUAAGGUGCUCAGACGCAACUUUAACUACAUGGUGGAUGGCUGAAACCUUAGGCUUAGCAGAUGAAGCAAUUUGGACCCCAAAGAAUGCCCCCGCCUCAGCCAAUCGUUUCAUCUAUUACCCGGAUCAUCUCGUCCGCCUGCCAAGUUCACAUGGUCGAGGAUCAUUCGUGAAAGAUGCCAUUUCAACAAUCCUCAAAGAGCCCGUAUUCAAGACGUUCAUACCGGCCCUUCUUACGGAGCCUUUCAAACCGCCUCGACCGUUCGAUCAAUGGCAGAAGGACGAGUCUAUUUCAGAUUUCAUCUCACGCCGCUUCACUCCAGAAAUCGCAGACAAUCUUGUUUCAGCUAUGAUGCAUGGAAUAUAUGCGGGAGAUAUCGAUAAGCUGAGCGCGCAGGCUCUUAUGGGUCCUAUGCGCAACAUGGAUGAUACUGGCAUCUUAUCUGGCAUCUUGAACCAGAUGUUGACCAAGCAACAGUCCAUUCUGAUGGAUAAUGCAAUUGCUAAGGGCGCCGCCUUGGCACGAUAUUCUCACGACACAAAACACUACUUUGAGCCGGGAUUCGAACAUCUGUGUCAGUCCGCAGGUCACGCCAUAGCACGGAAUAAAAGCUCGAGCACAUUGACCUUCAAACAAGGGACACAGCAGCUUGUUGACGCGAUUGUUGCUGAUCUAAAAACGUCAAAAAAAGUCAAAAUGAUAACAGGUUCAGAAGUUCAAGCUAUGAGCCCAGUUGCGAAUAGUGAUAAAAUCUACAUUACUUCUCGUCGAAGCAAUCGUGAUACAAGUCGCGAGAACUAUGACCGGGUCAUUGCUACGCUCCCAGCACCUGCGUUGGCUAAAGUCCUAGACUCGACGAACACGAACCACCCGGGUCAGUCUCUUCCCCGCGAGACCGCCAGAAAACUUAAAUUACAUGACUAUGCCGUCACUGUUAUGGUUGUCAAUCUCUAUUAUGAGGAUCCCAAUAUCAUUCAAAACGAUGGCUUUGGGUACCUAAUUCCUCGCUCAGUUCCGUACGAUCAAAAUCCAGAAUGCGGAUUGGGGGUCCUCUUUGCAUCUGCUUCUAGCUGGGGGUUGCCAACUUCCCUCGCAUCCGCCGAUCUUGCCACGCAGGACAAUGCGCCGGGAACUAAGAUUACAGUGAUGCUCGGUGGCCACUAUUGGGACGAUUGGAAAGAGUCAGAUUACCCCGAUCAUGACUCCGCCGUGAAGAUGGCCCGCGCCUUGCUUCAGCGUCAUAUUGGAAUCAAAGCCGCCCCCAGCGUCGCACGAAGCAAUCUUCAAAGGAACGCCAUUCCUCAAUACACUGUUGGGCACAUUGACCGCAUGUAUGACCUGUCCGCUACAGUGAAGAAGGAAUUCAAUAAGCGGCUUGCUCUUGCAGGGAACUGGUAUACUGGAGUUGGGAUCAACGAUUGCAUUAGACAAGGAAUUCUUGCUGCAACAUAUGGCAUUGGCGAGCCCCCCAAGGGUGUAGAGACGUCCGGGCUUGGAGAAUAUAACUAUUUCGAUUGGGAUCUGGAGGGUGGCAUUCCCACAUCACCAGUGCAGUAUGUCAAUGCUGGCCAGUGGAGGCAAAGGAUGGACUUGUAG